AUGAAGGGCAUCAAAUACCUGGAAUGGGCAUGGCGAGAAGGAUGGCGUGGCAAUGGCACGGCGAGAAGGAUGGCGCGACAAUGGCACGGCAGGUGUUUCCGUCAGGGUGGUGGUCGUGCCAUCGAGGUUGGCAUUGAAGUGGAGGGAGCUAGUUCGUGGUCGUGGUCUGCAGAGGCUGACAUCGUCGUCUAUUUUGCUUUUGAGGCAGCGGCGCUUGGACGGGCUGUUCAUGUUAAUGAGGUCUUUACACAGACUCAUAUUCGCAAGGGGACUGGUGAAUAUGUUGAUGAGAGGUCUCGCAAGACCAUUGAAGAUUUUUCUGCGAGAUUGACACAGGCAACACCAGAGGGGGGAUCUGGUGCUGAUGAAGAAAUGAUCAGGACCCAAUGCUGGGUUGAUACAGUCGGCGGAAAAAAGAAAGGACGACUGUAUGGGGUAGGGCAACUUGCCUCUCAUUAUAGUGCUGGAAGAGGAGGCAUAUUCAGACAUCAACCAUCUACCUCUACCACAUUUGACCCCAACAAUGUCGUCAGCAAAGAUGCUUAUGAUUCACUUCUAGCCAGAUUUGAAAAUCUGGAAAAUCUGGUUAGGACAUUGGUUCCUUAGCAAGGACAUACCGCCCCAUCAUCAUCCCAGCAGCCUCCUUUCCAGACCACGGUUGUGCAAGACGAAGAUAGUGAUGAUUCUGAUGAUGAUCCUAAUCCUGAUGGU